CCUUAUGUGACUAUUUGUAGGAUUUUUAUUUGCUGCAGUAAAUAGUUUUCAUUAAAAGUUGACUGUUCACAAAUAUAUUGUCUCGUUUUAUUCAUUCGUGUGUUGUGUGGUUUCUGUAAACAAUAAUAAAUAGAUAUUUAAUGUCAAGUAUUCUUCAUGUCAUUUUGUGCACAUCUUAUAUAUUUGAUUAUGAGGGAUACUCCGUUAUCAAGACAUUAGAUCAUUUUUAGUUACCAAUAAGGAUAUGGCUAACCUAAAUUUCCAACAGCCACCUCGUAGUAUAGCAGUGGGUUCUUUGGUUGCUCGAGGAGUUGGUGCAUUUGGAGCGAGUUCUCUUUCAGGCCAUGUUACGCCUACAUCAGGAAUAUUCCAACCAGGAUCAAGUUUUGGUCAAGCUCAACCACCUCAACUCUCUCCCAGUAGAAAUGUUGGUUUAGUAGGUCAUCAAUCUGCAUCAGGGAGAACAUCUCUUUUUGGGCCAAGAGCAUUUGCAGAUCGCAGGUCCAUACCUACUGUAGGCAAUGCAAAUCCAAUGUCGAGCAUGGGAAGUUUUAUGGCUGGCUCCCGAGGUGGUGUAGGGAGCGGCAGUGGGUUUCAUUCAGUCUUUGGAGGUGCUGCAGGUGAUGCCAGCACACCCCCUCUUUUAGACCUUUCAGAAUUUCCUUCACUGGGGCGAAGUGGCCAAGGAGACCAAGUUCAUCAACCGGCUACAGCUGGCGUCAAGCCAUAUGGUGAGACAUUGGGUAUGGUAAAGCAACCUACAAAUGAACAAUCUGAGUUUCAAAUGUCUUCAGAAGAUUUUCCUGCCCUCCCUGGUACCCAAUCAAGAGAAUCAAUAGUAACGGGAAGCAGUGGGACAAGUGGAGGGAUUGACAAAUUAACAAACACCAACAGUAAUACUGAUUUGCCUCAACAGAUAAAUGCGAGUACAACUGGUUCUGGACAUGCGAACAAUUCAGAUAAAGGACUUGCCAAGAGAGGAAUACAGACAUCUCCCAAUGGAAAAGUGAGAAAUAUUCCAUCGAGUAUGGUUAACAAUCAAUUCGGAAUGGUUGGACUAUUAACAUUCAUUCGUGCUGCAGAAACAGAGGAUCCAAAUCUUGUUUCAUUAGCUCUAGGACAGGAUCUCACAGCACUCGGCUUAAACUUAAACUCACCUGAUAAUCUGUAUACAAAUUUUGAUGGUCCUUGGGCAGAAACACCAUGCAGGCCUCAAGAUAUAGAUUAUCAUGUGCCACCAGAGUACCUAAUAAAUAUGACUAUAAGAGAUAAAUUAGCACCUCUGAAAUUGACGCGGUAUAAAGAAGAUCUUCUGUUUUAUAUGUUUUACUCAAAUCUUGGAGACUUGUUACAGCUCGCUGCUGCUACAGAACUAUAUAAUCGUGAAUGGAGGUAUCACAUGGAAGAAAAAGUUUGGAUUACCCAAGCGCCUGGAGUAGGCAUUAUAGAAAAGUUCUCAACGUAUGAGAGAGGAACCUAUUAUUACUUUGAUGCACAAAGUUGGCGUAAAGUUCCUAAGGAGUUCCAUUUAGAUUAUAAUAAACUUGAAGGCAGGCCUCAUAUGCCAACAAAUUAAGUAUAAUUUUGAAGCAAGUCUUAUAAAUGUGGCAUUUGUUUCUACUGUAAAAACUCUAAAUAUAAAUUAUAUGAAUUUAGCUUUAAUUUUUGUACAUAAUAAUCGUAAGUUAUUAAGAAUAAGUUUGUUACAUUUAUUUUAAUUUUUGUAUUAUAAAUUCAAGCUAGGACUGUUUGCCUGUGAUUGGUAUGAUGAGUGCAAAUGAUAAGAAAGAUAACUCGAUACUUCAUUCAAUUUUAACAGCAGCAGACAAUUAUCAUGUUUGAAAAUUUUUUAAAUACACAAGCAUUUGGUGCUAAA